UCCCUACAGAGGCAACAGAGCCCCUUGAGAAAUUUCAUCCCGAGUUACAAUAAUAAAUAGCCCGUCUGUCCAGUUCGUUUACGCUUUAAUACAGCUUUCAGCUGCUACACCACAACCAGCCAAUCACUAACCGUGACGGUGACGUAAUCCCGCCUCUACGUCUCGCCUUGCGCUGUCAUUCCGAAAAAUUCUUCGGCAGCUCCAUUUUAUCGCCAUCAACCCAGCGGUUUUUUGGUGGUCGCUGAUUCAUAACCGAUAAAAGCGCUUUGUUUGUAAUUCGCGUUCUAACGCGUUGUCCGCCAACCGCCACCGGGUUUCGAGUGGAUGGGCUAAUUGACAAUGCACACGGAUUAAUUAAUCUCAUCCCGGCUGUCAAGAUGCGAUUGCUAAUGCUCCUGUUGAGCGCGCUGUGUGCUGGCGCUGCACCGAGUAAUUCAGACUAUCCCAUCAGCAGCAGUUCGGCGCUGCAAUUAGUGUCCCGGAAAUCCAGCCGCUGUGAAUUUCCGGCGGGCUGGCAGGGCCAAUGGUUCCUCAUGGGCUUCACCGGCGAGAUCAGCAUCAACCGCAGCAGUAUGUCCAGCAAGGGCGACUGCGUGGAGCAGAAGAGCGACAAGUCAGCCGAUAAAUUUCUCAUUAUUGACAGAUCCAUGAAUUGCCGGCAAUGUAUAGUGGCAAUCGCGCAACCGCACGCCAAUAUCAUACAGUACAAAGAAGGGGAAUGUGAACCGUUGGAUGAUGAGAAUUUCGUUGGCAGAAGUUUUAAAGAUUUAUGCGACACCAUUACCGGCAACUCGGAGCUGUUCACUAUGUUCAGAUUGCAUGCCGCGCCGGAAGCGUGUCCUUUCGGUGGACGAUUUUCCUUCACGUACGAGCAAGGGUCCGUACGCUGCCAGAAUCCCGUAUCCCAUGCCGAAUCCUGCGUCCGAGACUCGGAAAUGAUGCUGCAUUAUCGUUCCUGUCCGGAUCAAACUGAAGAGCGAAAAGUGCGGCUGGAGUGUCUGGCCCAUUGGCGGGACGGUGAGAAGCAGUACCUCGUGGGGCACAUCUUCCACCACAACCAUCUGGCCAGCAGCUACGACGAAUCCUUCCGCUGCUUCUUAUAUAAGGAAACCGCAAACGGCGUCCAGUUAUCCCAGUCGGCAGAUGCCAGCUGCAAGGCGGUUAAUUCACCGACAGAAGGCCCGCUAACGCUCGCCAUGACACGAGUGAGCGAUCCCCAGCCGGAAUGCAUCUUCCCCAGCUGGCUGACGGAUCGGGCCACGUGGCAGGAUAUGGCCGGGACCCAGCGCUACGUCUUCACGCCGGCCAAGACCUCCUUCCAGAUCCUGACGGUCAACCAGACCAGCGAGAAGCACCAGGUGCGCCAGGAGGCCACCUGUAUGAACCGCGAUUCCCCGGAUGCCCCGUCCAGCUCCUGGUUCCGGGUGGUCACCCUGGUGGCACGCGGCUGUGAAAAGGGUUUCCGCUGCUACAACUGGCUGCGGCGUGCCGACCAGAUUGUGCAGGUGCAAGAAGGCGAAAUCAGUCGCUCGGAGGAGUUGGCCUGUUCGGAGGAAUUCCUCAACAACCGCACGGCGUGGACCACGCUGAUCGCGCAGAACACGCAGUCCAUCGCCUGUCCCUUCCCCGGCCAGUAUCUGGUCUCCACGCCGCGGGAUUUCGCCGCGCAGUGGCCGCCACGGGGGUACCAGCGCUGCAGCCAGAUGACCAAGGUCACCAUCGGCUGUCAGCGGCAUUCCGCCGUCCAGAUGCAGGCGCACCCGGUGGAUGAUGACUGUCCCACGGCGCCGGAAGACACCAAUCCCAUGCACUUCGCUUGUCAUGGACACUGGAUGGAGAAUCAGAUUGGCUAUUUUGUGGCGACGGAAACGCGAAGCACGCGCAAGCACUGUUUUACCUAUCAAAUGGACAGCAGCGGUUUCGUCAGUCUGAGCAGUAUUCCCAACCAGUGCCCGACGCCCACCAGUCUCUCCACGGUUGACCUGUUCAACGUCACCGAAUUCACGGAGUGUGCCGCGGCGUAUUCGUCGGGCUGGCGGAUAUUUCCGGUUUCUUGUAUUUGGCUAAUAUCCAUCACGAUGUUAUUGCGAUUUCAUCGAGCCUAACAUGGCAACACUACUGACGUCAGACUGCUCAAAACUGGACCAAAAUCCUUGGCCGCUAUCCUGUUGUUGACAACAGAAGAAAAACACCAUAUUGGUGAUUAAUGCCCGUCUGUGAUAUUUAUUUGAACAAAUGAACAUGUUCUUCUCUCUACUGAUUUGUGGAUAUGAAGGCAAUACAAAGUUGUAUCGGUUUGUUUGUUGUAUUCGGCUGUACAUAAUUAUGGUUUUAUUUUGUUGUACUUAAUUAUGGUUUUAUUUUGUUUGCUGUUUCUAUCGCGAGUUUCAACGUUUCAUCAGAAUCUGCUGCCAUUGAUUAUACCGAAUAAAGUCUUGGUGAUGUUUG